AUGCCGUUCCCAUCACUACCCUCACCACCAGCAUUGUAUCCUACUUACCUCGUACCAUCAUUGCCAUUUCGAAGACGACAGUCGAGCACUGAUAGCAGCAUUUCGUCGACUAGCCCGCCGAAUAGUCUGCCAGCCUCGGACUCGUACCUCACAGGCCAUGCCUCUCAUCUGCGAUGUGCCCGUUGUCUUUCGGAUCUGGCACUAAGCAACCAGAUCAUAAGCAAAGGCUUCACAGGUCGCCAUGGACGUGCCUACCUUGUCGCACCCUCACAAUCGUCCAUCUCACCGAAUGCUGUCGAGCUGUCGACACCAAAGGCUAAGAACGAUGCUCUACCUAACCUGCCGAACACAUAUACGCAUAAGCCUGUCCCGCGCCAACUAGUCACAGGUGCGCACACAGUCGGCGACAUAAGCUGUGCCAACUGCGGUAGCGUCCUGGGAUGGAAGUACGUCGCAGCGGCCGAAGAAGCGCAACGAUACAAAGUCGGCAAGUUCAUCCUCGAGACUAAGCGCGUAUGUCGUAGCAGUACAUGGGAGAAUGACGACGGGGAGGUAGAGGAGCAUGAGAAGCUUGAGCAGAAGCGGCGGGACAGCACUGGGCGUAGGAGAAACUCGUUGGCGUCGCCUCCCGAUGAGAUCUCAAGGCCAUUGGAGGAUGUGCUGGACUUUGACAGUCAGGAUGAGGACGAGUGUGAGGAUCUGUUCAUGGGCGUUUGGACUCCGCAGCUUGCGGCUAAGAGGAGGCAGGCGAGGGGUUUUGGGAGGAUUGACGAGGAUUGA